UGACUUAUCUGUCUUUUCUUAUUUACAUUUUUAUGAGCACGUUGUGGUUCCGAGAGUUACCAUCGGCCGUGAUUUACCGCGAAAAUGUCCACCCGACGGCGAAUAAAAGCAGCAGCUAUCCUGCCGCCGAAAAGACCAACACGAGAUUCCUCAGCCGCGGCAUCCGCUCCAAAACAAGUUAAAGUCGAACCAAAACUCGAAGUGAAAAGUGAGCCAAAAGUUGAAGUGAAAACAGAAUCAGAUGUGCCCACAUUACCUCCAGUGGAGAAAGUGCCUCCGAUCGAAUUAAAGUCACCAGAUAAACCUGUGCCCGUGGCUGAUAAGGUACCAGUGGACAGUUAUGCCACGAGUACAGAGCUAGCAGCAAAUGAAGUGGUCGCUGUCGUCCAGGAAUCAAUCGACCUAACUGACAAUGAUCUAUUCAAGUCACCGCCCGUGCUGGCGAAUCAUAGACGAACUGAAAGUUUCAGUGCAUCGGAUGCAGAAUAUGAUAGGAAUGAAGACUUGGGUGCUCAUAAGCUCGGUGCCCAAGGACCUCCGUCUCCAGUCAAAUUUCGGCAAAGGAUACGGCCGACCCCGUUCUUCGGGAUGAGGAGGAAUAGCACGCAGGGUUAUGGUUCUGAUAUGGAAGAUGAACCACGUCGACAAAGACAUACAAGCACAAGUUCAAAUACAGGCGGAUCUACCCCACAGCGAAUACGACCGCCCACUGUCCAACGAAUUCGAACGGAAUCUUCCUGCUCCAAUUUUUCAGAUUAUAGUAAAGACCCCAGUAUUAAACAUAGUUCAAAGCCUCCAACUUUCGCCGAUAAUUCUCGUGCGAAUACCGCUCGAAGGGAGUUUCUUGUACGUUUCAAUGGCGGCGUACCAGAAAAGACUAGUAUGAAAAUGUCUGAUCUAAUUUAUUAUAACCCAUCAACAAACCCAAUGGUAGCGACUGAUCCUCAAAAGCCAACUGAAUCCGCUGGCGAAGAAAUAAAAAAUGAAUCCACGCCUGAGGAGUCACCUAGAAUUAAACCAGAAGCAGAAGAAAAGGAAACUGCCAUGCCAGUACCUCAGCUGAAAUUAGGACCGGAUGGCGAAAUGAUUCUUGAUGAGCAAAGUUUAGUUAUUGAAACGACGGCAGAUAAAGAGGCUCGUGCAACCCUCGCUAAUACUAAAGUGAUUUACAUGGACGAGUUCAGUGGAAAUAAUGGCUUUUAUAGGAGAACAAAAAGAACAAAAGACUGGUCAUCUGAAGAGACGAUAAAAUUCUAUCGGUGUUUACAUACGGUCGGGACGGAUUUUUCGCUAAUGUUGGCGUUAUUUCCUAAUCGGUCCAGAAGAGAUCUCAAAUUAAAGUUCAAAAAGGAAGAAAGAACCAACCUUAAUCUUAUAAACAAAGCGCUGUUAUAUCCAAAGACAUUUAAUGUUUCGGAACUGAAGCAAGAAUUGGAUAAGGAGGAGCACGAAAAGGAAGCCAAACGAAAAGAAAAAGAAGAGAUCGAAAAACAAAAGGCAGAAAAGAAAGCGAUUUUGAAACAAAGACCAAGGACCAGAAUUAAGUAUACUAGUAAAAGCAGCAACAUUUUAAAAGAUGGCGACUUAGUAUAUGAACUAGAAGAGAACACUUCUGAGCAAAAAGUAUCAUCCCCAGUCCAAACCGAAAUUAGGGUAGAAAAGAAGAAAAGAACGCGAAAACCGAAGCAAGCCCCAACGUUACCUUUGUCAGAAAAACUAACUGAAAAUAUCCCUGCAGAAGACAAAAAGCAUCCAAUUGAAGAUUUCAUUGUUGAAAACCAAAUCAACAAUAUUCAUGAAAACUCAGUGGAGCCGGGCUUGCAAACAAUAAUAGGUACCGUGUCCGACCCAUUAUCCCUGGAAUCUGUUGAUCAGAUAGAUCCCAACCAUCCAUCAUCAGCUAUAGAAAAUUACACUUACACCUGUGAUCCAGACAUCAUUCCCAGCGAAACUGUUGAAGUUAGCAGCGUGGAAAUAAUUGAUGUUGAAUAUAAUGAGCAAUACGUGCCCGAACCGAGUGAAAAUUCAAUUGUUCCAGAUGUAUCAUCUAUUAAGGCAGAGCUCCCUUCAACUAAAGAGACAACUUUAAAUGCCCAAAAUGAACCGCAACCGGAAGACCUUCCGAUUAAAAUUUCGAAGCUUGAAAAAGAUACAGAAGGCGGAAUUACUGUCUCGGAUGAGUAUCCCGAUGUUUUUGAUUAUGAAAAAACUCAAACCGAGCCAAAGCCGCUCCAUGUUAAAAGUGAGGAAGUGGAGAAGAUCGACGAAAAUCAAAAACACAAUGAACCGGUAGAAAAUAUUAAACAAGAUAAAAAUGAUGCGACAGAGGACGAAGUUUAUGAAGUGGAGGUCAUUCCUAACGUAAAAGAGGACUCUAAUGUUGGUGGAGCUAAACGAGAAAAUGAAGAAGUAUCAGCUACUGUAGAAGAAGUCGUAGAAAACGAAGAACCAUGCGAGACAAUUAGUCCGGAAGCUCAAAACAAUGAAAUUACCUCAUCAAAAGACGUUGACGCUGCAAUGGAACGAUUCAUGCUUAAUGACUUAGGAAAAAUUCUAACAGAUCUCGUGAAUGGGUCACUAGUCGUGGUUGCCAGCGAAGAUGAAGAGAAUCCUUCAAGGGUAAUCAAUGAAAUUUAUAUAAUGGACAAAGAAACAGGAACGCUAAGUGAUGUGCCCCUCGAUUUGCCAGAAGAUAUUGUGAACUGUAUAGUGGAAGAAUUGAAUAUAACGGCGGCCUGAAAAGCUGGAAACCCUGAGAGUUAGAACGGUGUCACUAUGUCUUUUUAUAUAUUUACGAUAUCUGAAGUUUAAAGUAGCAUCUCUUCAAAAUUCUUCAAGUAGUUCGUAUGGUUAUUGCCUUUUACCCUGUGAUCGCAAGAAAGCUAGUAAUUUUCAUUAAUUAUCAAAUUCAUUACUUCAUUCAGUUUUAUAUUUAAGAAUAUUGUAGUGGUUUUAAGGGCCACAUAAUGAUCAAUGUUUUCAAGCUACAUUACAUCAGGAGUUCUAGUUUAUAGCUCUUCCUGAAGUAUUCAUGAUAAUGUGUAACGUAAAUUAUUUAGGUGUUUCGUAGAAUAGUGGAAUCAUAGCUGAAUAAAUUAUUAUAUACACAGUUUUGCAUUCAAGUCGAAUUGUACUGUCACUGCAAGAUUUUUCAAAAGACUGCUCAAUCUAUUUUAAAUACUCAUUUGAUUAGUAAAUAAUAAUAGAGUACUGUUAAAAGUUAUCAUUUGAUGAUAUUUGUAAGUGUGAAAGAUAUUUGAACAAAUAAAUAAGUA